AUAUAUAUAAUUUUAAUAACUUAACAGUUAGUUGGGCAUAUAUAUCAAUCUUACUAUAAAUUGUUGUCUUACAAUAUAAUUUUCUGUAAUAACCAAAAGUCUUGAUAUACACUAAGUCAGAAAACUGUAUUUGCUUGAGCCUGGGGAUUUAAUUCUGGAAUGAUGCAAACGUCAACAUCAAGACACUUCUUCGAGGAUUUUCCGCCUCCUGACGACUUAAAACAUACCAUCAGGGAUGCAGAAGCUUUUGUAAAGCUAAAUUCAGUCAAAAACAAAAAUGUUGUUCUUAUUACGUCUGGUGGGACAGCUGUACCUAUGGAAAGCAGAACAGUUAGAUUCAUUGAUAACUUCAGCACUGGGACCAGGGGUGCAGCAUCCACAGAAUACUUUCUAGCAGCUGGUUAUGCUGUCAUCUUUCUGCACCGGGCAAGGUCAGCCAAACCAUUUGUCAGACAUUUUCCAGAAGAAAAACUUCUUGAUCUAUUUGUAUUAAAAGAAGCAGAAGGCAAUGAUACAAGUGCAAGUGCAAUAACAGUGAAACAAGAUGAGUCUACAAGACUUGCCAGAGUUCUACGAUCCUACCAUUCCGCAUCCUCUACCAACAGUCUUCUCUCCAUCCCAUUCUUCUCUCUUCAAGACUACCUCUAUUUCUUGAAAAGUAUCUCGGAUGUCUUGGGUCAGCUGAGACAGAAGAGUAUGUUUCUCCUUGCAGCAGCAGUCUCUGAUUUCUACAUACCAAGUGAUGAAAUGCCUGAACACAAGAUGCAGUCUUCUGAAGGGCCACCAGAGGUCAGACUGAGCUCUGUCCCAAAGAUGCUUCCUGUCCUUAUCCAUCGGUGGGCUCCGGAGGCCUUCAUCAUCUCUUUCAAGCUAGAGACAGAUCCUAAGCUUCUGCUCCUUAAAGCCAGAAAGGCUCUUGAUACAUAUCAGCAUGAGGUCGUUGUUGCCAACAUCUUGGAGGAAAGACGUAAGAAGGUUGUGGUGAUCACCGCAGACUCAGAGACACAGCUGGAAAUCUCUGAAGAACAGAGAGGUAGUGGCCAGGAACUGGAAGACAUUUUAGUCCAAGACCUGGUAGCCAAGCAUGAGGCUUUCAUUCAGAGUGCUGCAGGAAGAUAACACACCUGGAAAUCUCUUAAUAGCAGAUGGAUGGCAGUCCUGAAGGAACUGGUAGAGAUCUUAAUCCAAGACCUUGAUAGCCAAGUGUGAGGCUCUCAUUCAGAAUACAUGUGAAAGGUGUGUUUAGAAUGAUCAUGCAAGCGAUGAUGUCAUUUUAGGAACAGAUGAUGAGGAGAUGAUGAUGAUGACGAUGAUGACGAUGAUGGAGAGGAGAAAGCACAAAAUUGAGGUGGAGUCAUUUGUUUAACUGGCUUUGAUGACCUUUGUUUGAGGAGUGUUAGUUCAUCCAGCCCUCUCUCAUUAUCAAUUGCUUUUUGUGUUGUCAUUACAUGUAAUCUCAAUUUUUUAUCAUCAAGAUAUGAAUAGUUGCCAAUUCAGAAAUUGUGGGACGAUUUGAAAACUCAGAAUUGUGUUGACGAAAAUCUGAUUAGCCUACCCUAUCUAGGCUGGGGUAUUUUGGGAGAUCACAUGGCCGGGGGGGGGGGUGCCUCACAGCCCCCCCCCCCUUUGAGAUCUCUGCUGUUGAUCGAGUCAAAAAUUGGCACGCAGGUUGUCUGGGACAUAAUCUACAAAACUGUAUAGUAAUUUUUUAUGCCAAUUGUUAUUAAGUGAUUAUACUAAUUUAUGCAUAAUUAGUAGCAAAAAUAUAAUUAAUUUUUCCUAUAACUCCCAUAAUAAAGCACCAAAUGUUCUGAUUUUUGGUAUGGAAACUCUUUUUGGUGUUCUUUGCAAAUGCACAUGAAAAAAUUGUGAUAUCAAUCCAAUUUCUUACUUUUAUUUUAUUUUUUGCAAUUUAUUAUUUACAUGUAUU